AUGGCGUUGGACAUGAACAUAGAGGAGUUGCUAGUAAUCGGGGAUUUUGAUUUGCUCAUAAAUCAAGUAAAAGGAAAUUGGGUAACCAAAAAUAAUAAGAUACUCCCAUAUGUGAGUUUAGUACAAAGAUUGUGCGGGAUAUUCAAGAGUACUGACUUCAGGCAUACUCCUAGGGCUCAAAAUGAGUUUGCAGUCACAUUGGCUACAAUAGCGUCUAUGAUCCAGCACUCUAAGAGUAUCCACAUUGAUCCAUUAGAGAUCACACUGAGAGAAGAACUGGCUGACUGCGCCAAUGUCGAGGUCAAGCUAGAUGGCCAACCAUGGUAUACCGACAUUAAGGCCUACCUAGAAAAAAGAAGAGUAUCCCCUAAAGAGUUCAACUAA